UCCGGGGAGUGUGGCAGGCGGGGGUGGGGUUUCGCCUGCCCGCUCCUCGCCCGGGAGCCGCCGUCGGCGGGGUGAUGUAGCCUGUGUGGGAGGGAAUACCCCCGGCUCCAGCAUGAAGGCUCCUGUAAAAGAUGUGUGAGCAGGCAGCGCGCUACUGCCGGGAGAGCGUCCACAAGCUCCUCCGCAAACAGCAGCCGCAGAUCGGGGGGCUGGACGGGCUGCUCCGCUGGAUAGUCACCAAGAUGAGCGACAAGAGCAUCCUGCCCGACCGGGAGCUCCUGCAGGAAGGCCAGGCGGCCGCCGGGCAGGACGGCUGCUUCCCCGAGCAGCGGAAAGGCGCUUCCGUGAUCCUGGAUAUCUUCAGACGAGCUGACAAAAAUGAUGAUGGGAAAUUGUCCUUGGAGGAAUUCCAGGCCUUCUUCUCCGAUGGAACUCUUAACGAGGAAGAACUUGAAAAGCUUUUCCAUACCAUUGAUUCCGACAACACCAACAACGUGGAUACGAAGGAACUAUGUGAUUAUUUUACCGACCACAUGGGAGAUUAUGAAGAUGUUCUGGCUUCCCUGGAGACCCUCAACCUCUCCAUUCUGAAGGCCAUGGAUUACACCAAACGGGUGUAUGAAAGAGGAACCAAUGUGGACCAGUUUGUGACCCGUUUCCUGCUGAAGGAGACAGCCAAUCAGAUUCAGUCCUUGCUCAGCUCGGUGGAAAGUGCCGUUGAUGCUAUUGAUGAGCAAACCAGUCAGAUAAGACAGUUCCACAGUAAAUCUGGCCACGGUGUCAUGGACACCUGGUACGACAACCCUGUGCCUAAUUAUCCCCCCAACAACAGAAUUGUAACCAAAGAACGCAGGAAAAGCUUCCAGACUGCCUCUUCAGACACCAAGGAGGAAGGCUUGGAAGCUCAGAUCAACAGGUUAGCAGAGUUGAUUGGGAGGCUGGAAAACAAGACUCUUUGGUUUGACCUGCAUCAGCGACUGUCAGACAGUGAAAACACAGCUUGCACAUAUCUUCUUUUGGUACGAACUGAGAUGACAGUUUCCCAGAAGCAUCUGGGGGAGUUCUGUGGCUCCCUUAAGCAGUACUUGAAGACUGUGGCAGGAGAACGGGACUGCUUUCAUGUAACUGCAGUCAGGCUUCCUGAUGGGGUCACUUUCAUCGUCUACGAGUUCUGGGAGUCAGAGGAUGACUGGAAGAGGCAUCUCCAGAGUCCUGCUUGCAAAAGCUUCCAGCAUGUGAAAGUGGAUACGCUCACCCAACCGGAAGCAGUGUCCAGUGUGUCAGUGCCAGCUGCUUGGUGCACCCUCAACCAAGACUGAUCAGGGAAGGCUGGCAUUGUUCCCUCUUCACCAGGCACUCUUGGAAGUUUCCGCUGUUUUGCAGAGAACAAAACUCCUGUCUUUUCUAAUGACUUUGUUAAGAGGUGUUGUCUUUCUCCCCUCCCCCCCCCCGCUCCC